ACAUAUAUUUUUAUAACACAUUUUAAAUGUUUUCUACUUGAAAGUGUCAAUUGUUUGCAUUAUUUAUUUAAGCUCUAUUUAUGGACUACCUAGAGUAUUUCUUCAUAUGUCCCCCCCUCUGUCAGUUCCCAGGUGCAGGGGGGUCCCACUCGGCUGUAGACCCAGGGCUGGUGUCUUCUUUGGACCCGGGACAGAGCUCUGUGAUCCUGUUUCUCUCCACGACCAAUAGUGAACCAGUGUCUGGCACUGGCGUCAUCCUGCCCUACUCCAGCUCUGACCCUGUGCCUGGAGGAUGUAACGCAGAGUUUAACCUGAACAUCGACCCAAACAUCUACAUUCACUACAACCUCUAUGAGACCACCAUACGCUUCGCUCCGGCUAAUUUAGGAUCCAUGAGAGGUCAGGCUGCCCCGUCCUGCGAUGCCUUUGGUCCAUUCUCUCAAUGGAGGUUGGAGUACGACGUGUUUCAGUUUUUCCUCCCUGAAAACGACCUCUCGGAGCAGAGUCUGUUCAGGGCCCUGGAGACUGUGGCUGAUACUGUGGGCAUGGUCACCAACGGCAACAAGGUGCUGACCCUGUCCUCUGCAGACCCUACAGAAGCGGUCUUCAGCUCUAUCCCAGGGCAGGGCGUGAUCUACUCAGUGAUCGUGAGGGACCCUGUGACAAACUCCUCUGCCUCCUACAUCCCAGUGCACACCUACGCCUGCAGCUUCUCUUCCACCCUUGAUGGCUGCUACACCCUCGAUAAAAUUUCCACUAAAAUCUUCUUCACAAUCACUGGCUUGGCCGGUCUGCUCAUUUGCUUCUUCGGACAUCGCUUCUUUAAAUGUGAGCUGUUUUGUAUGGGCUUCAGUUUCAUUGCAUUUUUCUUCUUUGUGCUGAUCUCCCGGACGACUGAACUUGAAUAUGACGUCCGGUUGGUGCUCUCGGCUCUGUUUGGCGUCGUGGGCGGGGUCAUCCUGGUCAUGAGCUGGUGGAGAUUUGGUUCAGUCAUGGCGUGUGUCGUCGUAGUUGGACUGAUGUUGGGUUUCCUCAUCGCGUCCACUGUCCUCUUUACUCCUCUGGGAGACUUGGACAUCUUCAGACGGUCGGAUGCUGUUUUCUGGGUCACAUUUUCCUGCAUUAUGAUAAUUGUCCCUCUGUUCUUUGUACGGUGGCCCAGAGAGGGGAACAUCGUGACCUGUGGCGUGGUGGGGGCUUAUGCUGUGGUGUUGGCAGUGAAUGCUUUUGUUUACACCAGUCUGUCCUACAUCACCCUGAACAUUCUCAAACGCCUCCUCAACUCCGACUUCAGCGGCGCCUUCACAGACGUGCCGUUCCAAAGCAUAGACUACAGCUUGCUCUCUGUAUGGUUGGUCCUUGGUGCCUCUGGAAUCACCCUGCAGUUGUUGAGGGAGAGAGAGCGCCCCUUUUUCCCUCCAAGUCCUUAUUUAAUGUGGCUCCAGGAACGAGAGCGGCGGAAAACCAACGUCCUGGACCCCAGUCACCACUGUCCCCCUCUCCCCAACCGCUUCUUCUCCCGCGUGAAGCAGCUGACGCAGAGGAGCGAGUCGGCCGGAGAGCACACGCCUCUGCUGCUCUAAGUACUGGAUGCAGGUUUAAGCAGGUGGAACAUUUAAGUUGGCAAGAGGAACUGGCCCAAAGGCAAACAGGUAUUGUUCAUUGCCUUUUUGUGGUUUCUCUUGGACCUUUGAUUCAGUACAAAUUUUUUCCCCACCAAAAAAAAUAGGAAAUAAUUAAGUUUGGCAAGAUUCUUCUAUGGCUUCAUAUGUCAAAAUGGUUCUAAAUCUUUUAUAUUUUUGUAGAGAACAGGCACCGCAAUUAAGUUACCAGUAUUAUCAAGGCAUUCCUGUGUUAAAAAGAAAUAAAAUAAAUGUUUCCAAAUUAUGCUACUUGAAAGGGCUAAAAAAGUAUCAUCUUACAAUUUUAAUUUAAAUGUAACUAUGCCUGUUUCCUAUUGUCAUUCAUUUACACCUUUGUACAACACAAUUGGGAUUGUCCAUUAUUUUCUAAAAUGUAGUGACACUGGAUUUUAGACCGCUCCUGACUGCUUCUUCAAAUGUGCAACUUACCAUUGUUAUCCUGAUGGAAAUAUAAUAUUUUUUAUCUUUAAAUUUACCUUAUUUGAGCAGUUUUCUUUGUGGGUUUUUUCUCAGAUCUUCCACAUUAUCAAUAAACCACACUGGGGCCUUUAUUGUAUUUUGCACACUGGACCUCUGAAGUUGAAAUGUUGCUUUAGAUGGGACAUUUUCAGCUUGAAUUUCAAAACGAAUGCUCUUGGCUCCAUCUGCUGUUCUUUCAGGGUAAAAUAAGAGUUUAUAAUGUUUAUAGGUUUAUAAUGUAAUGUCCAAUAGAUUCCACAUAUGGAUAUUUAGAGUAUGUUAAAAUGAAUUGUUAAUGUUAUUUAACUUCUUUUGAAAUGUAAUAAAUUCUGUAAACAUUUGAA